UAUAUAAACAUCGUUUGCUCACACCUCUAACCAUACAAACACAAAGCUUCUUUCAUUUGGCACAAAGUCUCGAUCAAUCUAUACCUCAAAUGGGCAGUUUGAGUCGUCAGCUCCACAUUUUCUUCUUCCCUUUCAUGGCUCAUGGCCAUAUGAUUCCGACAGUGGACAUGGCCAAGCUGUUUGCUUCACGAGGCGUAAAGGCUACUAUAAUCACCACUCCUCUCAACUCGCUUCUCUUCUCCAAAACAAUUGAAAGAAACAAAAAUCUGGGUGUAGAUAUUGAUCUGCGAAUCCUCAAUUUCCCUUCAAUGGAGGCUGGAUUACCAGAAGGAUUUGAAAACAUGGAUUCUGUCACUUCCCAUGCCAAUGCUGGAGAAUUGAUCAUCAAAUUUUUCCAUGCAGUAUCCAUGCUUCAAGAGCCUCUUGAAAAGCUCCUCCAAGAAUGCCAACCAGAUUGCCUUGUUGCUGAUAUGUUUUUUCCUUGGGCUACUGAUGCAGCUGCAAAAUUUGGGAUUCCAAGAUUAGUGUUUCACGGGAUUGGUUUCUUUUCUUUAUGCACUGGACUCGUUAUCAAGCAAUACAAGCCACAUAAGAAAGUCUCCUCAGAUUCAGAACCCUUUGUUGUGCCUCAUCUUCCUGGAGAUAUAAAGUUGACAAGAAAGCGUCUCCCAGAUACUGUGAGACAAGAGGUUGAAACUGAGCUUACAAAGUUGGUGGAAGCAUCUGAAGAAUCAGAAACAAAGAGUUUUGGGGUGGUUAUCAACAGUUUCUACGAGCUAGAACCAGCUUACGCUGAUUUUUACAGGAAGGUCUUGGGCAGGAGGGCGUGGCAUAUUGGCCCUGUUUCGCUAUGCAAUAGGGUAAUUGAAGAUAAAGCACAAAGAGGAAAACAAGCUUCCAUCGGUGAACACGAGUGUUUGAAAUGGCUCGACUCCAACAAACCCAAUUCUGUAAUCUACAUAUGUUUUGGAAGUGUGGCUAACUUCAGUGCCUCUCAGCUUAUGGAGAUUGCCAUGGCUCUUGAAUCUUCAAAGCAGCAAUUCAUUUGGGUGGUGAGAAGAGACAAGAACUAUAAAGAAGAUGAAGAGAAGUGGUUACCUGAAGGAUUUGAGGAAAGAAUGAAAGAGAAGGGCCUCAUUAUAAGAGGAUGGGCACCACAAGUGUUGAUUCUUGAUCAUGAAGCCAUUGGAGGAUUUGUGACACACUGCGGAUGGAAUUCUACACUUGAAGGCAUAACUGCUGGGAAGCCAAUGGUGACAUGGCCUGUAUCUGCUGAGCAAUUCUACAAUGAGAAGUUGGUGACAGAUGUUUUGAAGAUUGGGAUUGGUGUUGGGGUUAAGGAAUGGGUGAGGCUGCGGGGAGAUUUUGUUGAAAGAAAAGCUAUAGAGAAAGCAAUCAGUCGAGUUAUGGAAGGUGAAGAAGCAGUAGAAAUGAGAAGCAGAUCAAAGAAGUUGGGAGAAAUGGCAAGGGAAGCUGUUGAAGAAGGUGGAUCCUCUUACUCUGAUUUCAACGCUUUGGUUGAAGAGUUGCAGCGGCGUCGCCCGUGAAAUAAUAGAAAUUUGGGGAAAAUUUUGAAGUCAUUUCUUAGACUUGUGUAGUCUUACGAUUAUAUUUAAAAAAAUUGUCAUUACGGUCAAACCAUUAAAUAUUAUGCACUAUUUCAAUU